CUAAUACUGACGACCAACAGAAUGAAAUUCUUUUUGCUUUGUUUCGUACUUAUCGGCACGGCGCUUGCAACGCCAGAAACCUCACUUUAUGAACGCUUGGCAACGGUUUUGGCGAAAAAUCUUCAACCAGAGACACGCAUCGUUGGCGGCACACCAGCCGCCAAAUCGCAGGUGACACCUUAUUUGGUUUCGUUGAGUGCUUCAUCUCUAGCCUAUGCACACGUCUGUGCAGGUGCCAUAAUCGGUAAGGAAUGGGUACUAACAGCGGCCCAUUGUUUGAGUGAAUUGCAGAAAUCUGCUGUUAGUGUUAUUGGUCUACCUAUCUACGCCGGCUUACAGGAUCGUUCAAAUGUUGAGAAUGCACAAGUGCGUAAUAUUGAUUUCGCCUUCGCACACAAACAAUUCAAUGUCAGCGAUGUGAGUUCGCCCGACAUUGCGCUUUUGCAUGUCGCGCAAGGUUUCGACUUCAGCGCUAGUGUCAACUCGGCUAUUUUGCCAUAUGCGCAGGAGAGCUAUGCCAACCAAACUGCACUGACUUAUGGCUGGGGUUUGACUAGCGCAGGGGCUGAACAGUUUGUACAGGAAUUACAAGUAGCCAAUUCAACGAUACUGUCUGUGGAACAAUGCAGCGAAGUGUUGCCCGAGGAUGCGCCACUUGGUGCGAAUAAAAUUUGUGCAGCUACCUCUGCUUGCUUCGGCGAUGGUGGUAGUCCUUUGGUGUAUGAAACUAGUGGAGGAUCUGAAUUGGUCGGCAUUACCUCGUGGAGUUACUUGCCUUGCGGCACUGAAGGACGUCCAGCGGUGUAUACCGAGGUUUCUCGUUUUGUUAAGUGGAUCGCGGAGGUGCAAUGGGCUUAUUAUGUGUUGAAUUGAGGAAAAAAGUUAAAUAUUCAUAUAAAGAUUCCACAUUAAAGAAAUAUAUG